AUGUCACAAAGUCACAAAGACACACAAAGACCUGACCAUGUCAUUAAUUCACUAUCAGUAGAAUCAGUCGUUCAAUCAAGCUGUACUAUUUUUGUGUUAUUUGUGUAUUAAUAGCUUUGUGCUGUGUUUUUCGCAAUAAACAACAAUUUUAUCACUCUCUACUAGAAAGGUUGAAGAAUAUAUAACUAGGUGGAUUCUUGGAAUAUAACGAAAUGACUACAGCAGCACGCCCAACCUUCGAUCCUGCAAGAGGUGGUACAGGCCGUGGCGAGAAGGAUUUGAGUGCGAUAUCUCGUCAAUAUUCAAGCAGAGAUCUUCCUGGUCAUACCAAAUUGAAAUACAGAGAGCAGGGUCAAGGCACUACUGAGGAAUUGAGGUCCCGUGAUUUUCGUAAAGAAUUAGAUGAAAGAGAAAAAGAUAUCAAAGGAGUCGGGAGGAGACAAACCGAGCCGUCAGUAAAGAGAGCCAAAAUAGAUCAAGUGCCUGCAGCAAGUUUGGAUGCAGAUGACCCACUUGAAGGAGAUUCUUCAGAUUCUGACGAUUCAGAUGAUGACACUGCUGCUUUGUUGGCAGAGUUAAACAAAAUAAAGAAAGAAAGAGCUAUUGAACAGGCUAAGAAAGAAGCUGAACGAAAACAGGAGGAAGAGAGAAUUCGUAUGGAGAACAUAUUGUCUGGCAACCCCUUAUUAAACUAUUCAGCAUCAGGACAGAAAAAUGACUUAAAGGUAAAAAGGCGAUGGGAUGAUGAUGUUGUCUUCAAAAAUUGUGCCAGGUCCGAACCAGAGAAGAAAGGAAAUACAUUUAUAAAUGAUUCAUUAAGAUCAGAAUUCCAUAAAAAGUUUAUGGAGAAAUAUGUCAAAUAGGAAAUUAAGUUUGCCUGUGUAAUUUUAAAAGCUGUAGUUUAAAUUUUCUUACAUUAAAUAAAGUAAAAUAACUUUCAA